AUGAUCGACGUUUCUACCCAAUCUUCCUUCUCGGACUCGCUUCUGUUGCUGAUUAUUUUUCGAGGCUCGCGAGAGCUGUCCUCGCAUGUAGGCGCGUUGCCCAUUAAGAGAUACAGCAGGAAUAGGAACACCGCUAACCCAGUGGCCAACUGGCGAGGCGACGUCGAGCGAUUACACCGCCCGAGCCACCAUUCCGUACCGUCACCCCGCGCUGCGUCGAAACGCCGUUGCCCCGCGCGCAGGAAAGCGAGUGACGCGCCCCGCAUCGUAAUUAGCGAAGAGAGUUUUGGCGGCGAGCGAAUACGGAGCCAUCAUCAAUAUUGUCGUGCCCCGAAGAAAUUACUGACGCCACGCCACUACUCGGGGGCGAACGUGACGGCGCGAAUUUGCAACGCGAAUUUGCAACGGGGAAAUCCGUCGCGUUUUAUUCUUUUUCCGCUCGAAGGAGAUCCGAAGCUUUAUGAGGAAAAAAGAUUCCAAAACGAGUACGUGAUAAGUAAUAUCACGGGCGGCAGUUACCAAGCCAAGCUUCAGCGCCGGAGGUCGUACAGAAUGGAGGCGACAGUACCCCGUGUGCUGAUCAGCAUAGCGCUUGCAGCUCUCCUGCCGAUUGCGUCAACGAACCAGGAUCAAAUAGCCAAAGAGAAUAUUCCCCAUUCGAGGCAGAAAAGGAUACUCUGGAUUACGAAUGACGGACGUCUGGCACUACCACCUGGAACGACGAUGGCCAUAACACCGUCAUUGUCAAUGCCAUUCGUGAGGCAUCCUCCAAAGGGCUUCUUGUCCAAUAUGACUGUUAGCUUUCCGUUCACAAUCGAUUUCGACAAAUUGGGAUUGACGGACAACGAGAACCCGUACGGGGACCUGCCUCCGAUCUUCGCGCGCUCAAUGGGCGGCGCCGCUGCGUCUGUAAUGGCGAACUACAUCGGCCACUAUUUGGACAAUCGCCGCGGGAAGAGAUCUACGCGCCAGCAAAUACCGCCUGAGUUGGAGGCAGCGGUCCUUGAGAGAUUUCACGGUGGAGAAAGAGCCUUAAUGUAUGGCAUAGCCGAGGACCUCAUUGCCAACUUUGGCCUAUCUGGAAAGGAGUGUCUCCUGCGCGCUAUUUGCGAAAUCCAUGCGCACCCGCUGACUAACUUUGGAUUUCUGGGGGAAGUUAUGAAACUAUUCUUUAGUCCAAGUAAGUCCCCAUAUUCGACUCUGCUAGAAGAAUACGUGGAGGCUCAACGGGCUGGAGAGAGCGGUGGCGAGUGUUGGCCUUACUACCGUUUGUGCCCUAAAAGUAUAUUCCAGCCAUCAUCAGCUAACAAAUAUUCGGAAGAUGCAGAAAAUUUACAUAGGCGGCAUCACCAGGACAGCAUAGACAACAACAAUAUAGAGCCGCAACAUGUAAUGGUCGCGUAUUUAUUUAUGAUGAACAUAGUGUUAGACUCGGCGACAAUAACGAAAAGAAGCUACUCGGACCAAUCCGUACGCGGUUACAUCACUGAGAGAACAUGCUGGUGGAACGAAGUGUGCAAAGAGGAGUUCCAAACACUGUUCAGAUGCAAAUGUCCAUCAUGGUCGUACUGCCGGAGCCCCGGUAAAUAUUACAAUGCUGUAUGCUCCAUGACGGAGACCGGUUAUGGUAACAGUGAAGACGUGUUAAAGAAUUUGGACAUACAUGUCCCCAAAGAUGAGAUUGUACUUAGGCCGCAAGAAGUGAAAGAAUGGCCACAGCAAUCUCUUAACGUUGGACAAAUUACUGCCGUCUCCAUAAAUUCAUUGGGACAACCCGUAAUUUUCCAUAGAGCUGAAAGGGUUUGGGACGAAAGUACAUUUAAUGAGUCGAAUGUUUAUCAAAACCUGGACAAAGGUCCGAUAAUAGAAGACACAAUAUUAGUGCUAGAUCCCCAUACUGGAUCCGUGCUCCACAGUUGGGGAGCCUAUUCAUUUUACAUGCCACACGGUCUAAACGUUGACCAUCACGACAAUGUAUGGGUCACGGACGUCGCAAAACAUCAAGUAUUCAAGUACACCCCUAACAACCACAAAUAUCCCAGCCUUACUAUCGGAGAAGCUUUCACAGCGGGCUUUCCGUACAGACGGCGGGUGUUGCUAUGCAUGCCGACCUCAGUGGCCAUAGCUAGCACCGGCGAGAUAUUCGUCGCAGACGGCUACUGCAACAAUCAGAUAUUGAAGUUCAACGCGGCCGGCACCUUACUAUUGGCGAUCCCGUCGUUCUCCGACACGCUGACCUUGAACCUGCCACACAGCGUCACGCUGUUGGAGCACUUGGACGUUGUGUGCGUCGCUGACAGGGAGAACAUGAGGAUUGUAUGCCCGAAGGCGGGACUAAAGAGCUACAUAGACAUCAUGGAACCCGCAACCAUUAUAGAGGAUCCCACGCUGGGACGCGUGUUCGCUGUAGCCUCGCAUGGUGACAUCAUUUACGCAGUAAACGGUCCAACUUCGCAGAACAUAGCUGUCAGGGGUUUCACAGUUAACGCUGUGUACGGCAAUAUUUUGGACACAUGGGAGCCCGCCACUGGCUUUACAAAUCCACAUUCACUGGCUGUAACAAGGAAUGGGUCGCAUCUUUACGUUACGGAGAUAGGACCAAAUAAAAUCUGGAAGUUUGAGUUGACCGAUGUAUACGAUAAAAAA